GACUUCGCUCAGGCGGCGAGGAGAUUUAGCGCUCCGGAUCAGAAAGUGGAAUUCGUGGUACUUGUUGAAUCCCGACACUCCGCAACAGAUAAGUCGCUUGUUUAAUCGCUGCAGAGAGGCGCUUUUGCUGGCGGCGGCCCGAUUCAGAUCGAAGAAGGAAGGGAGGGAAGCAAGCGGAACCAUGGAUCUGAGUUCAGGGAUUCAAAAAGUCUCAAUUACCCAUCAACCAUCAGGAAGAGGUGUGCCUUGUUUGAAAUGCAGAGAAAAGUGUGCUGGUUUUGAACCACAUUCUUGGAGGAAAAUAUGCAAGUCAUGCAGAUGCAGCCAGGAGGAUCACAGCCUGAGCUCUGAUGCAGAAGAUGAUCGGAAAAUUGGCCGCCUGCUUGCUGAUUCAAAAUAUUCUUCCCUCACUGCUCGGGUAAAAGGAGGCGAUGGAAUCCGCAUCUAUAAAAGGAACCGCAUGAUUAUCACUAAUCCUAUAGUAUCUCGGAAAGAUCCAACUUUUGACACCGUUACAUAUGAAUGGGCUCCACCUGGAUUGACUCAGAAACUGGCGACCCAGUAUAUGAGUUUGAUUUCAAAAGAAAUGCAACCCGUGGCUGGCACAGAAGGUGCUUAUUACCGUCGUAGAAGGUUGAUGAGACAACUUCCUCUGUACGAUCAGGACCCUUCCCAAUGUCGGGGCCUUUCGGAGAAUGAAAUCAAGCUGAUGGAAGAGUUUAUAAAACAAUACAAAGACAAUGCUCUUGGAGUCGGAGAAGUUGCACUGCUGGGUCAAGGGGGAGCCACCAAAGAGGAAGCAAAGCCAUCUGAUAAAAACACUCCAGCAAGUAAGGAAGCAGCUUCAACCAAUGGCACAUUGGGCCAUCCAUCCAAGGGGCAGGACUUGUGUUGUGACUUCUGCAAGCAGGUGUUACCUGCUGAGCUUCCGGUAGUGUACGCAGACCGAGCCGGCUACAAUCACCAGUGGCAUCCAGCAUGCUUUAUGUGCUCUAAGUGCUCUGAACCACUUGUUGACCUGAUCUACUUCUGGAGCAAUGGAGCCAUCUGGUGUGGACGUCAUUACUGUGACAGCAUAAGGCCACGCUGUGCAGCUUGUGAUGAGAUCAUAUUUUCUGAUGACUACCUGCAAACUGAAGGCCUUACCUGGCACAAACAGCAUUUCACCUGCCUGGAAUGUGAGAGCUUGCUGGUUGGCAAACCCUUCACCCUGGACGCAGCCAGCUUGUUGUGUACCUCAUGCAGUAAAAACAAACUCUCCUAAACCGGGUGUCAUUUCAGUGCUGACGUUUUUUGUGUGUUCUGACUUGGAACGAACUCAUUGAUGGGGAGGGUUUAAGCCAAAGAAGUUGCAUCCUAAGGAUUUAGAUCACUAAGGUUAUUUGCAAUCAAGUAAUUACAGGAAACGAGAUGGGAAAUGAUAACGCAGUAGGAAAAGAAUAGAGGAAUGGAAUGUUCUAGGUCUUUCAGGAAAGACUUUAAACAUAACCAAAUGUACUGAAAACUAGGCCCCAUUAUGUUAAAUUAUUUCAACUUUGGCAUAUUACAAAAACAACUACUCCAGGAGGUUUAGAAAUAUAUACAUACAAUUAUCAUUGUGCUGCUGGGUUUUGCUGCCUUUUUUUUUUUUUUUUGGGUAACCAAAGGGCUAUAUUUCUAAACUAAAUAUCACAGCGCCAUUGCCCACAAAUGAGUAGUUUUAGAAAUAUAUGUAGAGUGAUAUAGUGGGAAAACAAAACCGCCAAUAUCUGCAAGAAAAGAGUUUCCCUUCCCCUAUGUGUUAGAACACAUUGCCUCCAAGAAACAUGAUUAUGGUUUGAAAAAUAGAUUACAUGAGAAAUGGUUUGACAGCUUAAAGAACCUGAAAGCAGAGUAGCUUGUGAAGGGAUCACUGGAAAAAUGCAGGUUAUCACGGAUGAUUUAUUCUUUUUAAAAAUAUUAUCUAGAAGUAGAAUUAAGGCAAAAUAUAUAUUCGAUGAGCUUUCUGGAUUAUCCAUGUAUUCAACGUUUUGACGAUUUUAUUCUGUCCCGUCUUUUUUUUUUUUUCCGCAUAGGGAGGGGGCAGCAAACAGAUGAAAAUACUUCACUUUAGUGCAUUUAGAAAUCUAUGUGCAGUGGUCUUUUUGCCAGCAGCCACAUGGAGGGAGUAAAGGCUAAUAAAUCUCAGCAUAUUAGUGCUUGAUCUCUGGAGGCGCUGCUUACACAACGUUGCUUUCAUAGACUAGGAAGAAGUAAUCACAUAAAAUCUGCUUAGAUAUUCUUGAUAAUUUCUCCCUACCCCAUUGUUGACCAGUUGUGGCAAUAGGAUUGAUUCAUAUAGGUGACCUUUAAGCACACAAAUACCUUUAAGCACACAAAUAAAACCAGCAUGGUUUUAUGUAGCCCCCCCCUAAAGAAGACUGCUUGAUAGUACUUGAAGCCUUCUUUACGGGAUUGGAUUUUGUUCUUGCCACCCCAACCAGCUAAUGGUCAACAAAGAAAGGAGUUGUGUUUGUAUAAAUGUAUUACAUCUGGAAGGAGAAGAGAAUUUAACAUGUAUAUAGAGACUAUUAAUAUUAAAUUCUCAAUGGCUGCAUCCCAUCAUAGAUUUUGAAAUGGGCAGUAAAACUCAUUCUUCCUAACAUUUGUGAUAGGGCUUUUAUUGGCUUUAACCGUAAUAAAUUUUAAGAAAACAAUAUAGUAAUGGGCUAUGUUUAUAGCAAGUGAGUGCUUGCAAAAGGAUAUUGGUUUUCUUGGUAAGAGUACUUUGAAAUUCUAAAAGCUAGCCAAUUAAUUCUGCUAGGAUUAGCAACAAGGUUUAUAUUGGCUAGAUUUGCCAUUUCAACUAAUACCAAGGCUCUUUACUAUAAAUAAUAGAUACUACGUUAGCAAACAGAAAAACAUUUGUUGUUAAAUAACAUUAGAUUUGGUCAAUUAGUAAUGACAAUUUAUAGAAAUCUUUAAUGCGAUAAAAGGAAUUGCCUUAACAGAAACUGGAAAAUAUCUUUUUUGGUUUUAGACGCAACAUGUAUUAAACAUUUUUUGUGUUUGAAAACAAAUUAACCUUUUAUGGGAAUUAGAGAUUUGACCAAUUUGUUCUAUACUGUUCUUCUAAUACAAGCAUCUCCAAAUAUCCAGUGCUAAAGUCACCUCUUGCAGAUACAAAACUUGUAUCUUUCAACAUACACAGUAUAUGCAAUAGAACUCCAUGGGCAUUUAUGAAGUGUAUCUUUCUUUAAGAAAGUGUGUUCAGUUCAGUUAUGUAGGCAUCUCAUACAUGUUAACAGAACUGCAUCUCAAUCUCUCUUAAGUCUGUAUUUGACACUCGAGGCAGUAACUAACUAACAUGGGUGUUAAUGUAGCAGGAUCAUCUAAAAAAGUUAACUUAAGUAUAUUCCUGUAAAUUGGAAGAGAGGGCCUAUGAGUAGCGUGCAUUUGAAUGAACUUUUUGCAGAAGUCAAUCCUUAGGUAGAAAAAUCUGAAUGCUAAAUCAGUUAACCAGAAGUAACUUAGGUUAAUUUGAUCUUCAUUUCCUACAAAGGAGGCAGUCGUUCAGGUACAUACCAUAUUUUUUGAGGUGCUGUUUAUCAUGGAGCAUUAUUAAUAGUCAUUAACUACCAUUAGUGGCUGGUAAAAUGAUUCUCAAGAUACAGGAGAAUCUGAUUAUGAUUCUUCUUCAUUUCUUCUAUGUUUUACUUUAGUUAACUUUAUGUAUAUGUAGUUGAUAUGCAGCUGUUCUACUUCUUAUCAUUGGUCAUGCUGGUGAUUUGUGAGAGUGGAGACCACAACAGGUUGCCUUCCUAUAUACUGUAACGAUCAGCCAGACUAUCAAUUCCCCUAGUUACAGUGUUUGUAAUUUAUCUGUUCCAACCUAAUGUCUCUGGAAGUACUGAAAUUAUAGUUCUCCUCAUCCCCAACCAGCAAGGUCAGUGGGGAUAACAGGAACCUAAUAGUCCAAUGGAGUUGGAAAAUAUCACCGUUGAAAAGAUUGCUAUUAAACCGUAUGGAUUUUUUUAAUCUAAUUGUCAGUGGGAUGCUGGGAACUGCAUAAUUCAAUAUGUUGCUUUUAUUUUAUUUUGAUGGAAUACUAAAUGCAUUCUGGACUGUGCCUAAUAGCUUUUGUAUUUUUGAUGAGACGUAAGUUCUAUAAUAAAUUUUCAGAUGUUUAAGUAUUUGUAACAGGGGAACUUUGCAACUGUGUAUGUUUGGAGGACUGAGCUUUUCUUCGAUCGCAGAAAACUACAUUUGCCAUUAAUUUCUAAAGGGAAUCGGAUUAGUAUAAUACUCAUUGGAUUUCUACCUUCCACCCAGCUGUUGGUUUCCACUGACUAGCAUUCCUCCUUAUGACUGUGCAAUAUUUUUCCAGUCAUGGUUCUCAUGGAUUUGGAAGUCCUACCAGUCCAAAUGCAAAGAAUUUGCAAGCCAUUGUUUAGGUCUGAAUGAGAACAAGGAACCACACAGGGCAUGUUCAUCUGUGUUACGGCCAGCAUGUUGCAACCUUCAUGCUAAGGAAGCUUCAUUAAGGUUAUCUGCUAAUCUUUUUGCAUCACUACUGGUUUUAAAGGUAAAUAGUUUUUCUAAUGUGGAUCAAGACAGAUCACAAAGGUUGCUCUGGCUUCAUGUUCUAGAAAUUGCACUCCAUGACAUUGUGCCUAUAUUCAAGAGAUGUUAAGGUCCGUGAUUCCAGAAGCAACCUGAUUAUCCAUCUUUGAUAUUCAUUUUGGUUUUCAUUCCCUGGGAGUUUUGACAGAAAUGGAACUUACCAGUAUUGGAAUAGAGUGUGCUUAGCUUUGUUUCCUGUAGAGCUUAAUGUAUCUAAUAUUUUUUCCAAGAGAUGAACUGACAAGCCAUGGAAAUGUAUCUUAAUGCUUCAAUAUAAAGUGUUCAAUAAAUAUUAAAGUGAAAGUUG